AUGUCGUCCAAGCGAGGCAGACCCGUGGACUCAAUUCAGCCGAACCUCAAAAAGGGCAAAUCCUCAAAAGAUAUUGACGAGCCUCGUGCUUCUCAGAGCCCCAAAAAUGGCCAGGAUAUUCCUGAGGAGGGAAAGAAGCCCAAAUCUUCUAGUUUGUCCUGGAGAGCGAACGGAUAUCCCGCUGUGGAAGGGCUUGGUUACUCUAAAUUACCUGAGCCCGCGCCUUCGACAGUCACCAUUCCUCAUUAUGCGGUUCAAUAUGAUCUAUUUCAGUGCUCAAGCUCUUUCGAGAGCCCUACGGGCUCUUCAGAGCGAGAUAGAUUCAUCAUCAAAAAGGGGGCGAAAGAAGAUCUUGAUAAUUCAAUCAAAGACUACAACUAUAGCUCUCCGAGUGAUGAUGAUGAAAUCGAGGCUGCAUAUGACAAACAACACCGGAGGAAUGAGGCAAGGCUUGAAAGAAGGGACCUUGUGUUUGAGCUUACUCAAGAGAAGGCCAGGCGCAUGGCCCAGGCAGUGAAGGUUCCAAAGGAAGCGCAAAUGGGUGAAGGAGAGAAGAGUCUAUACCUCGAGCUCGCCCUUCGUGGCUGCAAACCGGUAAUGUUUCAUCAUUGGAGAACGGACUUUGCCACGUUACCCGAAUCAUUGUUUACUGCGGAUGACACUUCUGAUGAAGAGAUAGCAAAUCUCAAAUUCAAGAGUAGAGCACGGUCGGAGUUUCAUGCAAUCAAGGCCAUGAAAGACAUUCUCAGUUUGGGGUGCCAGAUUAGAGACUGUCAAGUUCUGGAUGUUUACCCACCCAAUGUGGUACGCAAAGCGAUCUUGAAAUUCCUUCGCUGGGCUAUUGACGACGGCGGUCUCAAAACAACCUGCGAGACCAUCCCAGUUUAUAUUAUCCAAGUUCAGAAACCAAACGAGGCUGCUCUCAAAACUGUCACUAAAUUAGUUGAUAGACUCAUUUCACAUGCGGCACGUCAUCAAGUUGCAUAUGGAGAGCCGGACGAACCGUAUUGGCCAACUCUGAUAGGAUUUGUCCUUUGUGGCCCCAUUGCCACUAUAUUAUCCCUCGACUCAGAUCCUUAUUCCCCUGCUUGGAAAGCAGCCCCUGAUUCCCGAGUGAAAUUUAUGGGACAAUUCAAUCUCACCGAGCCCGGUCAGGAUGUCUGGAACUCACUUGCGUUGGCAAUCUCGUUAAUUCAUGUUCGGGAGACCAUGGUCCAGCUUGCCACGACGUACCCUCAGAACCCCAAGACUCCCUCCUUUCGAGACCAAAUGGGUGAAUUAGACGAUGAGGAUAACUGA